UAACAGCGCAUGCAUAGUGCACAAAGAAAGCUAUAUUUGGGCCAUAACUACUAGUGCAUACUGUUAUUUAAGUUGUUUACCGCAUGCUUUUUUUAUAUGAUCAUAUCAAUCUUAAAUGCAGUCUAGCUAGGCCUAAUUUAUUCAAAUGUUAUUAAUACUGCACACAAGAUUAACACGAGAGAGAAAGACAGAGAGGGAGACGGACUACAGUUUUACCCAAUCUUAAAUCUGAGGUCUGAAAUAUGGACAUACCUAGUGUAGCGGGAAUAAGCGGCGCGACCAGUUAUGAAAUCAACGACUGCAAGUCAAACUUUUCAUCGUCAGGGAGAUCAGAGUGUUCCAUUGAAAGUUCAGAAUCGUUCAAACAGCGCAUGAAAGAAGCAUCCAGUGAGCAUACCAUUUCAAAGAUAGAGGACACCGAGGGUGGAUGGUCCUGGAUUGUCACAUUUGCAGCCUUCAUGUUCUACUUCCUGGUAGAUGGAGUAUCUUUUUCAUUCGGAGUGUUCUAUGUGGAGCUUCUGGAGACGUUUAACGCAAGCAGCUGGGCCACGUCUUGGAUAGUCUCAGUAAUGCUGGGCACAUACCUUCUUGUUGGUCCACUAGUCGGUGCCUUGGUGAACAAGUUUGGUUGUCGAACGGUGGCUAGCGCAGGAUCAUUUGUUGCGGCUAUCGCGUUCUUCGCCUGCACAUAUGCCCCCAGCAUCAAAUCCAUGAUCAUAGUUUACGGGUUCGUCGGUGGAAUUGGGAUUGGAAUGAUGUACAUUACACCUGUUGUAGCCGUCGAGGAGUAUUUCGUCAAGCGCAAUGCUUUAGCUGUAGGAAUAGCAUUUUCAGGGUGCGGAAUCGGAACCUUUGCACUCCCACCACUGAUGGAAUAUUUGAUCUCGGUAUACUCUUGGCGAGGAGCUAUGCAAAUUAUGGCCGCCAUCGUUUUGAAUGGAGUUCCAUUGGGGUUUCUAUUGCAACCUGGAUUUGUGAAGAAACCAGCCAAUAUUGAAGAUAAAAACAUUGCAGAUGGUGAAGAGGCUAUGCCGAAAGAGGAUGAAAACAAAACUGGAUUUUGCCGAUUUCUUCCAACUUUCAAUGUUGACUUGCUUCGAAGCCCGACCUUUGUUUUAUUUGGAGUAUUCAACUGUUUAUGCAUUUUUGGUUACUUCAUACCGUUUGCAUUUUUGCCCGCUUUUGGUCAAAGUAAAGGUUUCUCAUCACAGAAGAGUUCGCUUUUAGUGUCAACGAUCGGAAUUUCAAGUACCAUAUCUGUUUUGAUCAGCGGAUGGGUAUCUGACCAGACAUGGGCAAACCCUAUAUUCAUUUAUUCGGUAGCUGCCUUUGUUGGAGGCGUAGCUACUGUGUUGGUUCCAUUUUAUCCUUCAUAUUUGACCCUUAUCUUGUAUUGCAUCAUUUUUGGAAUCUGUUUAGGAACAUUGACAACCAACGAACCAGUAGCUGUUUCCAGGCUAGUUGUCAAAGCAAAAUUCGCUUCAGCGUUUGGUUUUGUGUCUUUCGCUGAUGGAUUUCCUGCCUUAUUUGGCGCCCCUAUUUCAGGAGCUCUGUAUGACAAACUGGAGAACUACGUUGGUACUUUCUUUUUCUCCGGAUUCACAAUGGUUCUGGCCGGUAUAUUGACUCUGCAAAUCCUCUGGAUACAAAAACUGGAGAAUAGAGGAAAACAGACAAAAUAAUUGGAAGAAGCGGAAAAAUUGCUAUAUUAAAAACUGCAUAUUUACGGAAAAUUUUCUCGGCAGGUUCGCCUUCAACAUUCGUCAUGGCAAACAGACAGGACGAGGAAAAUGAGAUCGAAAUACUUCUUCACAAUUUGCCUCAAGCAGUUCUGCUAUUGAAUUAGCAUUACAUUAUCUCUAGGAUCUUGUAUCGUUGCAAUGUAUGUGAUGACAAUAUUUUGUGUAACAUGAACUAUUUUAGUUCGUUGCCUUCUGUCUUACAUGUCCGGCUUUUUGAAACUGCCUAAAGACCGAUAUAUAUAUUUAUCUGUCACUGUCGCGAAGCCGCUUCGUGAAAGCCUUCCGUAAAAGUUACUUUCAUGCACAUAUACCGAUAACAACUUAUGCUUAGGAUAUAUUACUAUUGAUUAUCAGGAACUAAAACAACAUAACGCAAUAACAUAAUUGAAUUGAAUUAAAUUGAUAGGAAUAUUUGGACCGUUUAACAGUUCAGUUAAUUAAGGUUUGGUUCAAACCAAGAUCGUGCCUCAAUAUCAGCAAAUGCUUACAUGACUUGUUAUAACCCUCUUUUAGGAUAAUGAGGGCAUACGUUGAUUAAAACCUUGUGCAGUCUUCUAUCUUGAGCUAGGUCGUUUCUAUGGGAAACUAUAACAUUGCUGAAAGUGAUUGUAACCGUGACCUUUUACUUUUUGACCCCAAAAUAUGUAUGGGCUUUCGUUACAGUUUCUGUCCGUUCAAAACACGAUCAUUUAUCGUAUUGUAUAUUGUUUUGUUUACAGUAUUUAGUAUUUGUGAUUUCAAUUCCUUGAAAUAAAGACAAUGCAUAACGGUAUUUAAGCUGGGUUGACUUAUCUGAAUUAAACACUUUAUUUCGUGAUGUACAUGCACGAAUUAUUUUCUUUGUGGUAUUCGCUUUCUUGAUUUACAUUUAAAUGUUAUAUCUACAGAAUAUUAACUUACCGUAAAAAAAAUAGCAACCACGGAUUUGUAAUUUAAAAAACAUGAUAAUUGACGGUUUGACAUUUAAUCCCCAAAAUGCGAUGAUCAAAAGAACAUUAUAUUAAUGCAUCGUUUGCAUAUUUUUUAAUAAAUUUCAACGUGAAUUAAUAGAAUGCUCAAGAAGGACAUGGAGCGCAACAAUGCUUCAAUUUGGUACGGUAUACUACAUAUACACGAAUAUAGCGGCCAAUUAAUAUGAGGUUACAAGUCAGUUACCAGAUAUUAAGUAAAAUAUUAUUGGUUAAGAAGAGCGCUCGCUCGCUCCACCCCUUCUUAAUUAAUUAUAUUUUACUUAAUAUUUCCUAACUCAUACAUCAUUGCAACAUGUCUCUGUCAACUUGACCUCUGACAUUUUGUUCUCUAAAUCUAUUUUUCUUGCCAUUAAUUAUAAUGAAUACGUUUAACAGUCUUGAAUUAAAUACUGAAAGCAAUAAAAAAAGUGUGUCAUUU